AACCUAUCCGAAGCCUGCCCAGCCAGGCGUCCCGUCCACGCGCCCAUGCUGCUUCAUGCAUUCGAGGUUUUCAUCUGUGUUGGUCUUGUUUUGAACCCGAAGUGACGGUAUCCGGGGUAUACUUACAAUUACUCGCACAUAUGGCUGAACAGACGACGAACCUGCAGGCUAGUUCCGGUGGAAACGGGGGAGAUGACAGCAACCAGCCGGCAUCCAAAGAAGUUUUUAACAGCAUGACACUGGACAAACUGCAGACGUAUCUAGCAAACAAGGGGGACGACAUCUCAAAGAACCAGAGGAAGAAGCUCAUGCGAAGGAUAGAGUGGCUCAAGCACAAACCCGAACGCAAGGCACAGCAGAAAGAGAAGCGUAAGCGUAAAAAGGAGGCCACCAAAGAGACCGCCGACGUGAAGAGGCCAAAGAUCACGAAGAUGGAGGAGUCGAGCUGUAAAAUCAGGGUUGCCAUCGACCUUUCACUGGACAAGCUCAUGACUGAGAAGGUCGGAUUCUUGCGGCAUCGGGAACAGGCCGCAGAAGUAUGCAUUGUGGUGCUUUUUGUCUCGCAGGAAAGGGGGAAGAGCCUGAAACAGCUGCAGCGCUGCUACUCACUCAACCGCAGGGCGUGCAAUCCUGUCCGGCUAUACCUGACAGGGAUUGCAGGAUCGUUCAAGCAAAGUGCAGCCCUGAUCAAUGGCUUCAAUAAUUGGGACGUUCACUUCUCUGAAGGGGACCACCUGAGUUGCUUCGGAAAAGAAAACGUGGUCUAUCUGAGCAGCGAGUCUGAAAACGAGCUGCAAGAGCUGGAGGAAGGCAAGGCGUACGUCAUAGGCGGACUCGUUGACCACAACAGGUGCAAGGGCCUGUGCCACAGGCUGGCCGAAGAGCAAGGGGUGCAGCACGCCCGUCUCCCGAUUGACAGCUACCUUGUCCUGAAGACGAGGAAAGUGCUCACCAUUGACCAAGUAUUCCAGAUCCUGCUCAAGGUCACAGAGGGGCUCUCCUGGAAGGACGCCUUCUUGGAGACCAUUCCCCAGCGGAAAGGAGCUGUCGCUCUUGACGACAAAUCUGAAGAUUCCAACGAGACCCCGCAGCUCAGCUGACAAGGCCUCCGGGCCGCACCUUGAACACCUAAGCAAGCGAGCUUCUUUGUAAGUUGUGCGAGAAGAUUUCGCAGCAGCUUGAAGUUCAAGGCCCUAAAUAAAGACAUUCCCGUAUGUUGGGGAAAGCAUUCAGCAGUGUAGGGACUGUAAAGGGUGGGGCACUGGCUGAAAGGUGGCAUCUGUGAGAAUCGGACUACUAUGUGGAAUGUCGUGAUGGUGACUAGCAGAAGACACUCAAGUUAAUGCAGGCGAGUUGUUGAAACGGUAAUUAUCUCCGACAUUAGCUCUCGGAUAUAUGUCUUGUUCAGAAAGAAACUGAACUUCCAGAAAAUAAAAAAAUUAACUAGUAUGUUUACCAACAAA